CACGCACGCGCGCUGCCUCCUCGCUAAACCCCACAGCUCAUAUGCGCGCGUGUUAUAAGGACUCGGUCCGCUGUCAGUGGUUCGUGUCUCCCCGUGAUGCGGCGCUUGACGCGUGAUGUAAUUUCUCCACACGCAUAAAUAUAGUUUGUCGGGGCUGAAAAAAGCACGGCAUGGCCGAGUUUUGGUGCUGAGCUGUGGUCAAGUCACUCCGGACCUGCAAACUUGGACUCGAGUGUGAUUUCAGGGCGCUCGCGCUACCACAUCGAGCGCGACUUCAUGUCGCUCAACAGCGCGAGCCGCGGCUUCGCCUGUGAGUAAGCGCUUUUGCUCUGUGGAAUCUUUUCUGGGGGGCGGCGAGGGGGGACAGUGGACACCAAAAUAGACAAAGAGCGUAUUUUUAGCGUAUUUGAACUCCUGCAGACAGUGACGCGUGCCUCCGUGUUGGUCAGGAGGAUGAGUGCUCAUUCGGCCCUCUUGCCGUUACUGGUGUUGGGACUCGUGGCGAGCUCGGUGCGCUGCGCUCCUCUGCCCGUGGAUCGACGCUGGGAGACUCUUUACUCGCGCUCUUUGGCCCGGAUUCCCGGGGAGAAGCGAGAAGUCAACCGGGACAGUGACUAUCUCACGGGCAUUAAGAGACUGCGGCGCCUCUACUGCAACGUGGGCAUUGGGUUUCAUCUCCAAGUAUUACCCGACGGUAGGAUUACUGGGGUGCACAACGAAAACCGUUACAGUCUUCUUGAGAUAUCUCCGGUCGAGCGCGGAGUCGUGACACUGUACGGCGUCCGGAGCGAGCUAUUCGUGGCCAUGAACAGCAAGGGGAAGCUCUACGGAUCUGCGCAGUACACCGACGAGUGCAAAUUUAGAGAGACGCUCCUGGCAAACAACUACAACGCGUACGAGUCUGUGGCAUACCCGGGCAUGUACAUCGGACUGAGCAGGACAGGCAAAACAAAAAAAGGAAACCGAGUGUCAACAGCAAUGACGGUGACACAUUUCUUGCCGAGAAUCUAAACGAACACGGGAAGAAGGCACGAGACAUGCAGCCAGUGCGGGGGGGAAACCCGGACGAUGCACUUUCUCCAAAUCUUACACACGAGGUCAAGUGUAUCGCAUUAUUACUCUCUUCUUCAUCAUCAUCAUCAUCAUCAUCAUCAACAUCAACAUCAACAUCAUCAUCAUCAUCUUCAUCAUCAUCAUUAUUAUUAUCAUGUAUAUUAGCUUAUUUAUAAUCGUUCGUUUUAUAUUUCCUUUUAAACAGCCUCUUUCUACGUGUGGAAAAAAACACUUUUAAUUUAUUUGUUUAUUUAUCCUUUCUGCUGCUACCGAGUGUUUAAUACCUGAAAUUCCUACAAUUAACUACAAUAUGGAUUUUUGCACUGUUUUUGUUUUGUUUUGUUUUGUUUGUUUGUUUCUUUCUUUAAGGUUAAAAAGAGGAGUGAUGGAUGCUCUAUCCCUCGAAAAGAAAGUGUACUACAUCUUAGGCUACGUCUAAAACCGCAUAUAACCACAGCAAACCACACCUACUGCGCAUGCGUGAAAGCUGACGCAUGCAAGCUACUAUUUUGACCUACUGUUUAGUAUGCGUUUUGGACAUAGCCUUAUGGUGGAGUGCAUGUCAUGUCGAAAAAUGAGCAGAACUCGUCAAUAUGACUUGGACAUAUUUAUUCUUAUAAUUACUAUUGGCUAUGAGUUGUGUUGCUGCAGCUAGAUGUAGUCUAAUUAGUGAUUUUUUUCAGCAGUUAAGACUUGGGAAUAUAAAGCAAAUCAUUGUGGGAAAACCUUACACCAUCUACUGUCUCAGAAAUAAAUGUAACAAACUGUAUUAUUCUUGUCACAUUUGUACCUUUAGUAUGUAUCUUUUACUUGGGAAGGUGCAUGUGCUGUACCUUUAAUUGAUCUUUAGAGUAAAAGGACAUCAUUCCUUAAGGUCCAAUUAUGUACCUUAUAAUAUGCUUAAAGGUAUAAUAAUACAUAUUAAUGGUACAAAAGAUGAUGGUACCACUCCAGCGACAAGCAAGAGAUCAGUUUGGUCCCAUUAUUUCUGAGAUUGUAUUUUGUAUUUUGUUUGCUUAUAGACAGUUUGAUAUAAGUACUUGAACAUGCUCCAAGUCAUAUUCAUGACUUCCAAAGUGGCAUAUGUGAAUUGCAGGAUUAGCAUGAACACAGGAUUAGUUCAAGUUUCUUGACUUGUGAAAUCAUACCAACCCCAAUGGUAUUACGCACUGAAGCCAUUGUCCAAUGUCUGAGCUCUGGGGGUCUAACCGAAACAGUAUCGGCUUACUCUAGGCCACUGAAAGUGGGCUGUUGAAGUCCUACACCCCUCAAAUCUGUUUUUAGCUCUGCUCCAAUUGGGUGGGGUGGAGUGGGG